CUGGAACGCACCAUGUGCACUUUUUGGUGGUAUUGCAGAUUCCUAUGCACGUACCGUGCAUAUAACUUGCUUUUUGUUGUUUUAAUCAGAACGUACACCGAAUCUGCAGGUGUAGUACGUGGAUCCGCUCAUUGUCACCGGCUUACACCGAAUCCACGGGCAAAUUCAUAAAAAAUUUUUUACCCAUCCCACCGCAAAAAUGUCCAAGGUAUCGCCAAAAGAGCGCAAACAGCUUUUAUUCACACACACCAAGGAUUACUUCACACAUUACACCCAGUUCAUCGUUGUAGGGCUAAACAACGUAACAUCAAGCCAGUUGCAGUCUGCCAAGCAGGCGUGGCAAGGCAAGGCUGAGUUCUUGUUCGGAAAGAACACAACGAUCAAGAAGGCACUGCGCGACAUGGGCCACGAGGACAUCGCGUCACGCAUAUUCGGCAACGUAGCCUUCAUCUUUACGAACGGUGAUGUGCGAGAGAUCAAGCAGAUAGUGGAAGACAACAAGAGAAAUACCUUUGCGAAGGUGGGUGCUAUCGCACAGACAGACGUGUGGAUAGAAAAGAAAGUGACCAGCAUGGGGCCCGACAAGACAUCGUUCUUCCAGGCACUGGGCAUUUCUACGAAGAUUACGAAGGGAAAGGUUGAGAUUAUACAGAACAGCAAGGCGCUUACGGAGGGCGAGAAGGUGACGCCCUCACAGGCAAACCUGCUUGCCAUAAUGGACAUACAGCCGUUUGUGUACGCGAUGAAGUUGGAGAGUAUUUAUGGCGAUAAGCAGUUCUAUGAGCCGUGGAUAGCUGAUAUUACGGACAAGGAUGUUGAGAGCAGCCUGGUAGAGAUGGCGCAGCGUGUUACCGCGUGUGCGCUUGGAAUGGGCACAAUUGUCAAAACAACGGUGCCGUUUGAUACUAAGAAUGCGCUUAGGAAGGUGGUAGCGCUUUCUUUGGCGAUAGGAUACGAUGUUGACCUGGCAAAGCCGUUUAAGUAAAUGAGCGAUUUUUACGGA